AUGGUCUGGGUGUUCAACAGAUUGAUCAUGCUCUAUUUUGAACAGUUUGCUGAUGCUGCUUUCAAUGGUGCUGUUUUUGAUCGUAAUCCUGAGAUUGCUGUGGAGGAUGUCCUCAGUUAUACAGACUGGCCUUUUAUUGACUAUACAAAAACCUCUAAGGACAUUGCCCUUCUAUGUAUUGCCACAGCUAUCAUCGCAGAGCACUCAUAUUUUCUAUGGAAUCAGAACCCUUCAGCAUCUUCUGCCCCCUUCAAAUCAGCCAUUCAAAAGUUCAACUUGGUUGCUGACAUAGCAAAAAUUGAAACUGCGAUUCAGGAGGCCUCUCAUCUUCAAAUGAAGGAUAAAAAACAUGCACUUGUAGAGAUUGCUCUAAAAAAUUGUCUUGAUCUUGAUAAAUGCCAUAAAUGCCAUACAUGUCUCUAUUUCCCACCAUUAUGA